UGAGGGUUUCUUCGGUUUCAUUUACGCGGGUUACACUUUCCAUCUUCUACCCAUCUCAUGAUGUUGACAUUCCUGGAUUGAUAUGGAUACGGGUCAUUACUAUGAUUGCCUGUGUGUCCGCCUCCAGAGUUGUCCAUUUCUCUGGAUUGCUUGGCCAGGUUCGGCUGCGACAAUCGCCUCGCUAUUGGGUUUGAAUGAGCGACCACCACGCCCCCAAGGAGCAAAAGGGGGUGUGCAAGGGGUCUAUCUGCAAUAGGUCAGCCAAUCCAUCAAAAGAAGCCCAUAUACAAUAUGAAUCGACGGUUUCCUGAGCGACGUAGUGUAGCUUGUAGUUCUAAAC